GUUAGCAUGCACAUCUAUACAGAUACGCACAUCUGUCUGUCAGGGCUGUGUGCGUAUACACAGACAUUAUACCUAUAAAACAUCUGCAUAAAGUGUAGAUCUAGGCGCAGAGUCAAAUCUGCCUCUACCUAUCUAAUCCUGCCACACGCUCGUGUACCGCUCGAUGUUUGUCUGCCUGGCAGCAGCGUGGCUGUUAAAUGAAAGGUUUUUUUUUUUUUUAUGAGUGUUUUACAUCGGGGUGUGUGUGUGUGUGUGUGUGUGAAAUGUUGGGGUUUUAUGACAUCACAUGGCUAAAGUGCCCAAUCAGCUUCCAGAUUUGAGAAAUUAUUUGGUGGGGUGUUUCCUGCCAUAUACUGUACGCCGGGAGCUUGUCUUUAAGAAAGCAAACCCAGCCAAAGGUGGGGACUCCCCCGCAGGAUUCCAUGCGGUCCCAUUUUUAGCCCACCACCUCCACCGCUUUGUUUGCUCAGCAUCUCGCUGGCAUCGCCCAGCAAAAGGGGGACCUGCUGGCUGGUUUCUUUUCGGAGGGAGGUUAUUUUUGAAGCGGAAGGUGGUGGGGGGGGGGGGAGCGGGGGGAGUCUUGGAAGGCGGCAAGAUGUUUGGCUUCUUUACUUUUCUUCCUCUCUCGCUGCCUUUUUUGGUUGGGGAGGGGGAAGGGGAGAAAUCGAGCCCCAGCGCCGGAGGAGGAACUGGGUAUUUGGAAGAUGUUGCGAAUCAUUGACUGGAGCGUUUGAAAGGGAAAUCGACGGCUUUGCAGCUUCCCCCCAACAGACACACACACACACACACACACACACACACACACACACACACACAGACCCCUCUUCUCCCCUUUUUUUUUUGUGGGUUGGAGUUUGUGAUCAAGGAGUGGGAACGCAGAUGCCCUUCUUUCCAAUGACCCCUGGGGAAGAGACAGCGUAAAUUCUCCUGGCGACAUGUUCCUGACCUGCGAAGGGACCUUCGGAAUGGUGCCAGCCACCAUGGAUUACAACGGGGAAGCCAGGCCAGGGGAAUUCCAGACUGGCUACCAAGAAAUCGAAGGGAUAAACCUGGGAUACUUACAGAUCAAUGGCACACAGAUGUUUGCUUUGGCCCAGGUCCUCAGCGACCUGUUUAAGGAUAUCCCCCGGACCACCAUCAGCAAGAAGAUGGAGACCCUAAAGAUCAAGAGCCGCCGCUGCGAUCUCAGGGAGCUCCGGACCCUCAAAGCCAUCAACUCCGUGCCCACCCGAGCGGUGAACUGCUCGCUCAUCUCCAAGGCAGACCUGGAGGCGCUCUGCACCUCCUGCAAGAGCCUCAGCCCCCGGAGGAGGAAGAGGAAGAGGAGAGAGCAGCUGCGGCGGCCGGGCCCGGCGGAUCUGUUCGACUGCCCCCGCCAGCCGCUGCGGUCCCCCUGCGGAGCCGGCCCCUGCUGCACCCAGGAGCCGGGGAUCUGCGCCGAGCUGGCCCCCGCACCCCGCCCCGCCCCGGCCGGGCUCUUCCAAAACUAUGACAAAGCCACCCGGGGCAGGAAGGGCUACGGCCUGGGAGGACGCGGGGGGCUCUUCUCCGGCGUGUUGAGCGCCUACCCCCGGGACCUCCAGCUGCUCCACUCGGCAGCCCGGGCGCACGGAGCCGGGCAGGCGUCUCCCCAGCCGGAGCCCGGCCGGCCCAAGCGGGGCUCCUGCUGCUCCAAAGGGCUCUUCCCCGAGGAGAAGGGCCCGAGGGCGGCCAGGAAAGGCCGCCUCUUCCCGGGCUGCAAGAGGCAGGGGACCUCGGCCGGCUACUCCAGCGACUCGGAUUCCAGCCUGGACUUCGGGGGCUCCAGCCCGGCCACCUCCAGCGACUCGUCGGAGGAGGAGGAGGAAGAGGAAGAGGAGGGGGACACGUCGUGCAGCAGCGAGGAAGGCAGCUCCUCGGAGUCGGAGAGCAGCUCGCUGUGCAGCGGGGACUCGGUGCAGAGCACCCGCUACAGGCAGGCGGCUCUGCCCAGGUUCCAGCAGCUGGCCCACCCCCCCAGAGAGCCCGGCGGAGACGAGAGGCUCCCGGAGCCCCACAAAGCAGCCCUGCGUCCCGAUCCCAACCUCCUGCUCCUCUCCCAGCAGCUCUGGGCCAGGACUCUGCGAGCGUCAACUUUGGAAAGUUUGAGGCCGCUUCCAGCCCUGGGAGCCGGGGCUCCGCAGCAGCAGCCAGAGCUAGUGUGCGCAAAGCCGGAGGCCCCCCCCUCCCGUCCCUCCCCGAGCUGCAGCUACCCUGUGGGGGACCCACAACAAAAGGCGGGAGGCCGUGGGGCGACAGAGCCCUGCGCCAAAGGGGAGGAUUUGCACAAAGAUGCCUCGAACAAUGCAGCCUCGUUAGGCCCCAGUGACCAAGCAGAGAGGCAGCUCGCUGCGUUAGCCGGGCGAUCUGCUUCCCAAGAGCCAGCCCUGGGCUCAGCUCCUCCGCCCUCAGCUCAGGAAUUCGCAGGGAGCCUCAGCCCGGCUCCCCAGAGGGCCUUAGGGGAGCCCAGGAGGGAGCAUUUCGACAGGCUCAUCAGGCAAUCCAAGCUGUGGUGUUAUGCAAAAGGGUUCAACGCGGACGGGAAAAGUUUGCGGCCCGGAGGGAAGACGGAGCCGUGCAAAGCGGCCGAGCUCCAAUGUCCCGGCUCCAAAAGCGCACCGAGCCCCAGCCCCUUGUCAAACAAAGCUUUGAAAGGCAAUGGCUCGGAAAGGAAUUCCAAGCGCAGACGCCUUGCCAGAGGCGUUGAGGCAGAACGGCAACAAAACUCCAGUAAGGGGAGGCCACAAAAGACUCCGAGGAGGAAUGCCCAAAAGGGAAAGGCCCAUUGCAAACGCCUGGCCAGCGCCGGGCCAGCCCCAGGCAGGAAUUCCUUCAGCCUCAUGGGCAACUUCCCCUGCACCCCUUCCCUGGUAGUGGGGGACGAUGGGGAUCUGCGUCCCGCCGCCUCCCUGUGCGUAAAGAACACCUGCGCGCUCUCCAAAACGCACCCUCUGUGGAGCUGGCAGGUGGGCGGCAGCGCCCUCCCUGUGCCCCCCAGCCUCAAAUUCCGGGGCUGUGGCCUGGAGGGUUUCUAAACGAGGCCGGAUGAAUGUUCGCCAGCCAGGUUUACAUGCAACAGUUGAGGGAGGGGGAGAGGGAGAUGGGAACCGGAUUAAUCCCAAAGACCCUAGGGAUCUGAAGUGCCCAACUGGAGACGUCUUGAUUUUCAGGAAAGGCUGAGCACCCCAGCUUCUAACCCACCCCAGCGCCCUUUAAGGUGACUGACCCCCCCCAAUCAAAUGUACCCCCCAAAUCACAUUAGGAAACCUUGGCCACAUAUAUCUACUGCUGGGAAUUUGGAGAGGGGGAGGAAAGGGAUUUCAACUCUGGUUGUGGCACGAUUUCUUUUGGGGGGGUCCAUCUUUCGGGGGUUCUGUGCGAAAGUAAAACAUCCGCCCCCCAAACAGGUCAGCUGGAGGAAUACCUCACCCCCUUUACAUUCAGUGGUUUAUUCCAACCAGGGUGAUUUGGACUAAAAUGUGCAUAUUGACUGGGAAGUGUUCAAGUGGUCCUGCCCUCCUUCCCCUCUCCAAGUUAAACGAGAACUGUCCCUCCCUUCCCAUUCACCCCAAGUUAAAUGUAUAUUGUCCCUUCCCACUUCCUCUGCGUUUGUGGGAGAAUUUAAUGCUGUCAUCCCAACACACAUUAAACUGAUCUCAUCAAAGCUUUCUCUUAAAAAAAAAAAAGACCAAGAAAGAAAAGAAUGGAUCUAAUUCCUCCUUUCCUUGAUACAUGCAUUGGAUUAAAAUAAUAAUCACAUGCAGAGAGAAAGAAUGAUCUCUCUUAUAGAAGAAAUACCCCCUCUUUUGCAUUAAUCAAUCUCAUACGAAAAAUUGCAAGCAGCUAUUUAAACUGAAUAAUCUGCUUUAUCUACCAAAGAGAAAAAAACCAUAACCCCUCCCACACACACUAAAAAGAAUAGGGAGUUUU